AAACAGUCGGUUGCGCUCUGGCCCACGUGUUGGAUCUCUCUUGCUCGAGUAGUCUGUGACAGUCUAUUACUACGUCUAUAGUGUGAACAUUCCUCUCUCGCUUUUUUUGAAAAGAACCGUUCGUCAGUGGACACUGUGUGCUGCAUCGCAUAUACCUUGAAUCUGUUUGUUUUUGUUUCUAUCGAGUCGGUUAUUCGUUAUUUUCGGUUUUGGGUUUUUUCGCGUGCGUUUGUCGAUUGCAGCGACUGAUUGUUGGGCGUUGGGCGGCAUCUCGGCCGGGCCAAUGUUGUGAGCAUCGACGUCUACAGUCGACCAGCACGCAGCGGCGCUAGUCUUUUUUCUCCCGCGGGUGUGUUCCGCAAGUCACGACAAGAAAAGUCGUGCAUGCACCACAGGAAAGUUGCCAUAGAACUCGCCUCAUAACAAAAUACACGGACACAAUAACCCAAGUGGCAACUCAAAUCGAGCAACGAGCAAAUCGAAGAAACCUAUAGCACCCAACAACCUAUUCUUUCUUGUCGGAAAAAAAAACUGACGUGUUUUUAAAAGAAAACAUCGGCAACCCAGGACGUAUACAGAGUUCAGUUUGGCUAGUUGUGGAAGCCAUGCACCUGUGAGCCGUCGUCGCCCCACACAGCCAAUCAUGUCGCAGGAUCAUCUCGUUACCUCUCUGUUGCUGCUUCUAGGGCUGACAUGCUGGAUCGUAACGGGUCGGCCGGACGUUGGAAUUCACACUCAAGUCUUAGGCGAAUGGCACACGACGUCGUGGGAGUCUUGUGAGCCGGAGAAAGUUUUCCAAGCGGUGAACGACAGCGCCAGUCGGAUCAUCACGCCGACCGUUGGUCUUCAACGACGAACGCUGACCUGCAUUUCGGCCAACGCUUCCGUCCUUCCGCCCAGUUGGUGCGGAGAUACGAGCCAGCCGCAGCCGCAGCAGCACCGGCGCUGCAUUGUAGCGCAACCUUGCCGAGUGGCUGAUUGGUCUCCGUGGGAAACACUGCAGCAGGGCUGCCGAGGAGACGACGACCAGGUAAUACCGGAAAUUCGGAGUCGUCAGAGACGAAUCAUUGAAGCACCACUCGUCCCGACAAGGAUCCGCACGGCGGACUCGAGUCGGUGGCAGUCGGAGAGCGAGUGCCCUCCGUGGGAGGAGAAGCUUUUUAUCGACCGACCCUCACAAUUGCCUCUUUGCAAUCAAAGGUACAAGUGGCAGCCGUCACCUUGGAGUGCGUGUCGAGCCAAUUCUCCCAUCUCGCCCGCCAUCCGUGUGGACACAGGCCCAAAUGCAGCCUUAACCUCAGCUAACCCUCCGCUGACAUCUUCGUCGUCAUCUCAAAUCUGCGGCGGUGGCAUCCAGAUGCGUGGUCUGACUUGUCUCCGUUUGAGCGACUCUCGGCCCGUCAACUCUCGACUCUGCCGGGCACUCACUCUCCUACCCACCGUUCAACACUGCGAGAUCCCAUGCGAUUCUGAUUGCCAAGUGAGCGAAUGGUCGCCCUGGUCGUCGUGCAUGGCGGCCGCUUGUGUCGGAAACAUCAACCCACCUGGUCUUUCGCCAUCGCCAUCAGUCAGCCACUUGGCGAACGAAGGAGCGACUGGAACAGCGGACAAAGAAGACGAAGGAACAAACCAAAACACAGACACACUCUACUAUCGUUUAGAAGCUGGCAAGACGGAUGACAAAGUAGCGAGCGGAUACCAGUUUCGUCACCGACGCAUCCUGUCCAACGCCAGCGCCGACGGAACUGAAUGCCCGGCGCUGAGCCAGCUUCGACGCUGUCACACCGACUGGGGCGAUGCUUGUUCCCGCUGGGAGGUUCAGCCGCUUCUGGACACCUGCCAUCUGGCCGACAACGCCACCUGCGGACUCGGCUACCACGAGCUCGUCUUUCGAUGUCGUCGAUACGACGGGGUGACGGUGGAUGACGACGAGUGUUCAAACAAUACACUGGCGCCAUUGGAGCAAGUCGCCUGCACGGUCCAGUGCUCGUCCGACUGUAUUCUGUCGCCCUGGUCCGAGUGGACGCCGUGCAUUCAUCAGGGACGCAGACGGAGAACUCGCUACGUGGUCGGGCUCCCGCAGCCGGACAGCCAACCUUGUCCGAAUCAGCUGAUGGAGGAGCAAGUCUGCUCGGUCGAGCAGCAAAUGGAACAACUCCGCUGGCCCGUUUUCGGUUGGUGGCCCCUGCCGUGGGGUCCGUGCCAAAUGAUUGACGCCACAUCGUCGUCAUGCGGAGCUGGAACGCACACACGCGAAGUCCGCUGCACCAGAGACGACGGACAGCACGUCGACGACGCCCAUUGCGCUCUUCUGAGUCGCCCUGAGAGCGUCCACGUUUGCAAUGUGCCGUGCCCGGAAGAGUAUCGCUUGUCGGACUGGUCCGAGUGGUCCGAAUGCUCCGAUCAAUCUCAAGAUGACGCCAUUCAAUCGCGAAUCCGGGUGGUUCUGCAGCAGCCGGCCAAUGCGGCCUCGCCCAGCUUAUCGUCGUCGUUCACUUGGCCGCCGCUGGUUGAGAAACGCUCCUGCUACGAUUGGCUGGUCCAGCAGGAGCGCAUCGGCUGGCAAGUCUCUUCGUGGUCGCCUUGCUACCUGGCAGCCAAUGCCAAAUGCGGGACUGGAAUAUCCAUUCGAAGUGUCCACUGUCACGACGGUAACAAUGUCACCAUAGACCCGUCCGUCUGUCUAGCCAAGUUAAUGGAUGAAUAUCGCCAGUUGGAGACGUAUCGCGAAUGCUCCGUUCCUUGUCGACGAGAUGGCGAUUUGAAAGCGUGCCGACAUCAGGAUCUUAUAGAAACGAGAUCACUUUGUCCUCGUAAUUGCAUCGGAACUCGCAGCACCUCUGGGAGUAACGGUGGCGAGUGCGACGACGGUGAUGACGACAAAAAAUUGACGGAAGAUUGUCCCUGUGAGAGAGUCACUCUAGAGCUGGAGGAUUGGUCUACCUGCCUGAUAGAAGAGGAUCACGCGCGUAGUUGCGGACGCGGUAAACAGUACCGCCGACGGAAGUGCAUCGUCACAGCCAACGGCCAAUUAGCACCGCUCCACUGGUGUAAUGAAGAAGAUUUCGAAACGAGAAGCUGCGACGUUCCUUGCCCAGUCGACUGCCAAUUAUCUGCUUGGGGUUCAUGGACGAAUUGCAAUUCGACUUGCGGCCCGGGCGUCCAACAGCGUCACAGGAAGAUUGAAACCGAAGCCGCCAACGGCGGCAGACCUUGCGGAUCGAUGGAAGAGACUCAAGCGUGCAACCUUCAUUCGUGCGACGCUUAUCGGUGGCGAACUUCCGACUGGACCCCUUGUCACUUGGCGUCGGACGAGCGAUGCGGCAGCGGCCUCCAAACGCGAUACGUCAGGUGCGUCAAUGUCUUGGAAGACAUGGUGGUGGGAGAUGCGAUUUGCGACGUGGCCAACAAGCCUGCGGCCGAACAAUCUUGCCAGAUCGCUUGUCCUGGCCACUGCGUCAUCAGCUCCUGGUCGUCUUGGUCACCAUGCCAACACUGUCGUGGGGAGAGAAGACGUGAGCGCUCCAUCAUCAGGAAUCCCAUUUACAAUCACACAUGCCCGCCAUUGGAGGAGAUGGAAUCCUGUUCCAAUCCGGCUAGCGGCGGUUGCUUUGGUUACGAUUGGCAGGUGUCAGAAUGGAGUUCUUGUCAACCGCUGGGCGGAUCUAAUUGUGGCGAAGGCGUCCGCACUCGAAUCGCCUCAUGCGUCAGAUCUGACGGAUACAUCACUGAGCCUAACAAUUGCGAUUCCCACACCAGACCGGGCUUGACUGAGAUGUGGUGCCACGUCGAGUGCCCAAUCGAUUGCCAAGUCUCUUCGUGGUCGGCAUGGGAUGAUUCCGAAUGCGCUCCGUGUGGUCACCAUUCAGGUUUGCGUUCACGCCACCGCGAGAUUCAAAUGAUCAACAAUCAGUUUGGUCGCAGCUGCCCGACCACCAUACGCCAACAGCUCCCGUGCCCGUACCAGCCUUGCUACGAAUGGCGGCCAUCAAACUGGUCUGAUUGCUUCCUACAGGGGGCACAAUGUGGAACAGGAGUCCGCCGUCAGUUGUCUGAAUGCAUUCUGGAAGAGACGGGAAAACGAGUUGAUCCCGAAUUCUGCCGACUCGGUCGUCGACCGCCUCCCUCUCACAUGUCCGAAUGUAAAGUUCUCUGCACUUUCGAGAAACUGGUUAAAGUGUCAGUCGAAGACACGGCCACCAAGGACAGCGUGAGCAGCAUCUUCCCCUCGUCUAUUGAUGAUGACAUCAGCGUCCUCUACUAUCCAAACGAUGGUGAAUUCAACAUUUGGAUGGUGGCCAUGGUCGCCAUUGGGUCUUUGUUCCUCGUUUUCGUUGGAGUAACCAUUUUUCUUAUCUGUUCUUCGCGAGAGGAAUCAAGCGGCUGUAAGCGCAACGUGUCCAUGGCGGGACCGCCAAGUGAAUUUCGCACCAGAGUCCAUCGUGUUAGCAAUGCUGGAUCUCAUUAAACAAGCUAAACAUUUAUUUAUUUAUUUUUCAUCUGUACCGACCAUCUGUUUUUAUUAUUUGACUUGUUAUCAUCAUUUUAUUUUGGGGUGAACUGGGAUAUUGACGAUAUAGAAUGGUUUGCCAGUCGACCGGUUGUUGAACAGGUCAGUUAUACUUGAAGGAAGCAAACAAGAACGAAAUGACAUUUGCAUGUUAUUUUCGCUUACUCAUGUUUUUUAACCGAUUUAUGUUGUAAAUAUUUAUCUACUAUAAAGAAAAGAAAAAGGAAAAGAGAAGAAACCCCUCGACCCAAAAAUUAAAACGAAAUCUUAUAACAACCAAAAUUCAUUUCUUGUCUGAAAAAUCAUAAAUAAUUAUUCAAAAAAACGAGUCUUCUCUUUUUUUUCCCUCUCAUUGUUUGUUGGAUGUCUAACGUCCUCUAUCUCAUCUGCUCACAUUCAUCUAAGGCUCGUGUCCAUUCUCGUGUCAACAUCCCCCUCCCUCAUUUGGAUGUAAUACACUCACUUUCUUUCUCUCA